AAAAAUUAAAAAUGCUCGCAUGAAACCGUCGCGCAUAUUCGAAUUUUCCGUUUCGAAUCUAAUAAUACGAACGCGGGGAUAUUUCUUUGAGUGACCGGUGAAAAUUUUCGUGUUGACAGGACCUUCGUUGGAACGACCCCGUCCGACGAAUUAAUGAUAAGAAUCGAAUUAUGAGCGGCCAUCAGAACCACGGAUUCGCCGGGGACGCAAGAACUGAAAGUUACAACAGUUUUUCGGGCGCCGUAAACUCCAGAGAACAACUCACAGGGAAACCCAGUACAAAUUACCCUAUAGAACUGAAAGAUGUACAGAAAUCCGUGGAAGCCGGCGAAUACAACCCUUACAAUUUCCGGCAAGUCGAACAUCCCACCACGAAUACGGAGACCCUCGUGCACCUGCUCAAAGGCAGCUUCGGCACGGGCAUCCUGGCCAUGCCGCUGGCCUUUUACCACUCGGGCUACCUGUUGGGCGUCAUCGGCACGGCCGUCAUCGGCCUGCUGUGCACCCACUGCAUCCAAAUGCUGAUAUCCUGCGAGUACGAGGUGUGCAAACGGCGGAACGUCCCCAGCAUGACCUACCCCGCCACGGCGCAGGCCUGCCUCAACGAGGGCCCGGAGUUCCUGAGGAAGUUCUCCGGCAUCGCCCCGCACGUAGUGAACACGUUCCUGUUGAUCUACCAAUUGGGCACCGGCACGGUCUACACGGUCUUCAUCGGCGAGAACAUACAGGGCGUCCUGGAGGCGCACGGCGUCUACGUGGACGCCAGGUACGUGAUGCUGGCCUGGCUGUUGCCGCUGAUUCUGAUCAACUACGUGAGGAAUCUCAAGUUUCUGGCGCCGUUCUCGACGGCCGCCAAUUUCGUCACGAUCCUGAGCUUCGGGAUCAUAGCUUACUACAUGUUCCGGCAGGAUUUCACCUUCGUCGAUAAGGAGCCUGUCGGGUAUUACAGGGAUUACCCGUUGUUUUUCGGUACCGUGUUGUUCGCUUUGGAGGCGAUCGGAGUGAUAAUGCCUUUGGAGAAUGAGAUGAAGACGCCCCAACAUUUCGGUGGUAGUUGUGGUGUGCUCAACAUCGGUAUGAUAAUCAUAGUGACUUUGUACACUGCUAUGGGAUUUUUUGGGUAUAUAGCGUUCGGUAAAGAUGUCGGUGGAUCCGUUUCUUAUACCAUCGGUAACGACAUUCCUGCUCAAAUCUGCAAGAUUAUGUUGUCAUUAGCCAUAUUCGUAACGCACGGUCUCCAGAUGUAUCCAGCCAUCGACACCGUUUGGAACGAUUACCUCCUACCGAGGCUCCAGAAAAACCAGCACAAACUCUUACUCGAGUACAUCACCAGAACGGCCAUGGUGGUGUUCUGCUUUUGCUUGGCUGUGGCGGUGCCCUACAUCGAUCUCUUCAUCUCCCUGUUCGGCGCCCUGACGCUCUCCGCCUUGGGAAUGGCCAUUCCGGCCGUCCUCGACAUCAGCACCUACUGGUACAGCAUGUCGGGUGUGAGGGGGAGCCUCAGGCUGGCCAAAAACUCGAUCAUAAUACUGAUCGGGUUCUUCGGCUUGGUCGUGGGAACGUCCACGAGCCUGGAGAAAAUCGUGGAGAAGUUCGCGCCGGUGACGAAUUCGACGACGUGAUUUAUGGCGUUGGAGGAACGCGAUGUGAUGGUUGAAAUUGCUCCCCUAGACUUCUGUAUAUGGGUAAGUGCAGGUUUGUUUGCAAUAUGGUCAAUUCUAAGAGUUGAAGAAAGAAAGAUUGUUAAACAGUGGGUUAGAGCGAGAAUGUUGCUAUUCCCCCAGUGUUUUUCUUUUGUAUGAGAGUAAUAAAGGUUGUCUUUGUUGUACCAUGUUGCUUACAAAUUUGCACUUAAGUGUAUAUCUAGAACCUAUUUUUUAUACCAAGUGAUAAAAUUAAGAUUGUUAAAUUGGUUGCCUAAUGCGAGAAUUAACUGCUGUUAUGAAAUUUUAACAAGUAAACAGUGAAUAUUGUAGUCUAAACAAGAUUGUUAUUUAUAAAUGUUAGAAAGUAAAUAGAAAAUUAUGAACUCGUACAAAUCGUAUGUUAAAAAAAUCGAUUUUUUUUACUAGCAUAUAACCAUAAAGCAGAAUUAUACAUUAUUAUAUUAUUACAAAUUAAUAAAUUAUAUUGAAAGCAAUA